GCUUCUUUUAUUAUCCAUUAAUGGAAUCUUACUCGUUUUCUUUCAUUCCGUUUCAACUAUCUUAUUCAUGUUCCUUAAAGAUUUUAACAUUGGUUUUUUUUGUUUGGUCUAAAACAUUAAAGAUUUCUGUCUCUUUUCACUGAGAUCUACUGGAAAGUAUCAGCGUUUCUAUUUUCCUGGUGUUUUUCUUUGUGGGUUUCCAUUAAUAUGAUUUUGACUUCUCUUUUCUAACUUGGGUUUUUUUCAUAAACAUUACGAAAUUGUAUUUUUUUAUUGAGAUCUAUUGGUAAGCGUCAGCAUUUCAACUAUACCAGUUGAUUUUCUUUCUGGGUUUUCAUUAUUAUGAUUUAAAAUUCUAAUUUCAACUUGUUUAUUUAGAAAUCAUCAAGUUUUUUCUGGCUAACAUCUACUAGAAAGUAAAUGGCUUCCCACAUUGUUGGAUAUCCCCGCAUGGGACCCAAGAGGGAGCUUAAGUUUGCUUUGGAAUCUUUCUGGGAUAAGAAGAGCAGCGCCGAGGACUUGCAGAAGGUUGCAGCUGAUCUCAGGUCAUCCAUCUGGAAACAGAUGGCUGAUGCUGGGAUCAAGUACAUUCCCAGCAACACUUUCUCUUACUAUGAUCAGGUUCUUGAUAACACAUCAAUGCUCGGAGCUGUUCCACCUAGAUAUGGCUGGAAUGGUGGUGAGAUUGGAUUUGACACUUACUUCUCCAUGGCCAGAGGAAAUGCCUCUGUGCCUGCCAUGGAAAUGACCAAGUGGUUUGACACCAACUACCACUUCAUUGUUCCUGAACUGGGACCCGAUGUUAGCUUUUCUUAUGCAUCUCACAAGGCAGUGGAUGAGUACAAGGAAGCUAAGGCGCUUGGAGUAAACACUGUCCCAGUCCUUAUUGGCCCUGUCUCAUACUUGUUGCUGUCUAAACCUGCAAAGGGUGUUGAUAAGACCUUUUCUCUUCUAUCUCUCCUCCCCAAAAUCCUUCCUAUCUACAAGGAGGUUAUAUCUGAGCUUAAGGCAGCUGGUGCUUCCUGGAUUCAGUUCGAUGAACCCACCCUUGUGUUGGAUCUCGAUUCUCACCAAUUGCAAGCAUUCACUGCUGCUUAUGCUGAUUUGGAAUCUACUCUCUCUGGCUUGAGCGUUCUGAUUGAGACCUACUUUGCUGAUCUUACUGCUGAGGCAUACAAGACCCUCAUUGGAUUGAAGGGUGUUAGUGCUUAUGGUAUGGAUUUGGUUCGUGGAACCAAGACCAUUGAUUUGAUCAAGAGUAACUUCCCUGAGGGGAAGUACCUCUUUGCUGGAGUUGUUGAUGGAAGGAACAUUUGGGCCAAUGAUCUUUCUUCUUCUCUUAGCACCUUGCAGGAGCUUGAAGCUGUUGUGGGCAAAGACAAACUUGUGGUGUCCACCUCCUGUUCACUUCUCCACACUGCUGUUGAUCUAGUAAAUGAGACUAAGCUGGAUGAUGAAAUCAAAUCCUGGCUUGCAUUCGCCGCCCAGAAAGUUGUUGAAGUCAAUGCACUUGCCAAGGCAUUGGCUGGUCAGAAGGAUGAGGCCUUCUUCUCUGCCAAUGCUGCUGCUCAGGCUUCAAGGAAGUCCUCCCCACGAGUGACCAAUGAGGCUGUUCAAAAGGCUGCUGCUGCUUUGAAGGGCUCUGACCACCGCCGUGCAACUAAUGUCAGUGCUAGACUGGAUGCCCAGCAGAAAAAGCUUAACCUACCAAUCCUCCCCACCACAACCAUUGGAUCCUUUCCUCAAACCUUGGAACUCAGGAGAGUUCGUCGUGAAUUCAAGGCUAAAAAGAUCUCUGAGGAUGAUUAUGUUAAAGCCAUUAAGGAGGAAAUUAAGAAGGUUGUUGACCUUCAGGAAGAGCUUGACAUUGAUGUCCUGGUUCAUGGAGAGCCUGAGAGAAACGAUAUGGUUGAGUACUUUGGUGAGCAGUUGUCUGGUUUUGCUUUUACUGUUAAUGGGUGGGUGCAAUCUUACGGAUCUCGCUGUGUCAAGCCACCAAUCAUCUAUGGUGAUGUUAGCCGCCCGAAGCCAAUGACUGUUUUCUGGUCAUCUAUUGCCCAAAGCAUGACUCAACGUCCAAUGAAGGGAAUGCUAACUGGCCCUGUUACCAUCCUCAACUGGUCCUUUGUCAGAAAUGAUCAGCCGAGAUUUGAGACUUGCUAUCAGAUUGCCUUGGCCAUAAAGGAUGAAGUGGAAGAUCUUGAGAAGGCUGGUAUCAAUGUUAUCCAAAUUGAUGAGGCUGCUUUGAGAGAGGGGUUGCCUCUUAGGAAGUCCGAGCAUGCCUUCUACUUGAAAUGGGCCGUCCACUCCUUUAGGAUCACCAACUGUGGUGUACAGGACACUACCCAGAUCCACACCCACAUGUGCUACUCCAACUUCAAUGAUAUCAUUCACUCAAUUAUUGACAUGGAUGCCGAUGUCAUCACUAUCGAGAACUCACGUUCAGAUGAGAAGCUCCUGUCAGUCUUCCGUGAAGGAGUGAAGUAUGGCGCUGGAAUUGGCCCUGGUGUCUAUGAUAUCCACUCUCCCAGAAUACCAUCAACCGAAGAGAUUGCCGACAGAAUUAACAAGAUGCUUGCGGUGCUUGAGACCAACAUCUUGUGGGUUAACCCUGACUGUGGUCUCAAGACUCGCAAGUAUCCCGAGGUGAAACCAGCCCUCAGCAACAUGGUUGCUGCUGCCAAGCUGCUCCGCACCCAACUUGCCAGUGCCAAGUGAGAGGCUCAUGAGACAUUGGAGAUCCCUGCAUGAUUUAUGCCCAAAAUGAGAGAGAAGAAAAAUUGAAAGAAAUUUCUUUUUUUAUUAUCAUUUGAAUAACUGUGUUUCUUGAUGAAGUAGUUUUUAGGCAUAAUAUGCCCUAAAGGCCAAUUGAUUUACUUCUUUUUUUGGAUUUUUUAAAAAAUAUGUUGUAUUUUCGGGAAUAUAUAUGCAGCCUUCGAUUUAUUUUUUAAAGGCACAAAAUUUCAUGCACUAAAGGUUUAAAUCUAACAGCCUAAUCAAAGCACCAGUACCAGUUUCAUCCACUAGUGAUCAAACAGAUAAAUCUA